AUCCUCUACAAUGACGGGGACAGCCUCCAGUACAUAGAGCGCGACGGCGUGGAGUCCUACCUCACUGUGAGCUCCCACCCCAACUCCCUGAUGAAGAAGAUCACCCUCCUCAAGUACUUCCGCAACUACAUGAGCGAGCACUUGCUGAAGGCGGGUGCCAACAUCACGCCCCGGGAGGGUGACGAGCUGGCCCGGCUGCCCUACCUGCGCACCUGGUUCCGCACGCGCAGCGCCAUCAUCCUGCAUCUCAGCAACGGCACCGUGCAGAUCAACUUCUUCCAGGACCACACCAAGCUAAUCCUGUGCCCGCUGAUGGCAGCUGUGACCUACAUUGACGAGAAGCGGGACUUCCGCACAUACCGCCUGAGCCUCCUCGAGGAGCACGGCUGCUGCCGGGAGCUGGCCAGCCGCCUGCGCUAUGCCCGCACCAUGGUGGACAAGCUGCUGAGCUCGCGCUCGGCCUGCAACCGGCUCAAGGCCUCCUCCUAGCCCGCUCCAGGUGGACUGGUGCCCCUUUCUCCCAGGGCCUGCCUGGUGGGCUCGGAGGGCUGCUUCUGCCCGAGGGCGUGCCCUGGCCCAGGGCUGGGCAGGAGCCAGGUCAGCGCACGUGGGC